ACACACACACGACUAGCAGGCACAGCAGCACCGACUAGUCAAUCUCUACUUGCCUACACAGCAGAAGGAACCAGACAGGGAAGUAGGGAACCAGAGAAAGCAUAGCAAUGGUGCGGAAGCCGAUCCACGCUGACGACGCCGGCGCUAAGAGCACGGAGGCGAGCAAGGAGAGGAAGGGGUUGUGGUCGCCGGAGGAGGACGAGCGGCUCUUCACCCACAUCACCUACCACGGCGUCUCCACCUGGAGCUCCGUCGCGCAGCUAGCAGGCCUGCGGAGGAGCGGCAAGAGCUGCCGGCUGCGGUGGCUGAACUACCUGCGCCCGGACCUCAAGAAGGAGCCCAUCUCCAAGCGCGAGGAGGAGACCAUCAUCUCCCUGCAGCAGUCGCUCGGCAACCGGUGGUCGACUAUCGCGGCGAGGAUGCCAGGCAGGACGGACAACGAGAUCAAGAACUACUGGAACUCCCGCAUCAGGAAGCGCCUCAACGCCGCCGCCUCCAGAGCUGCAGGCUGCGGCGACGGCGGUGACAGCGCGGCCGAGCCAUCGGGGGCCGCGGCCGCGGGAGGAAAGGAGGAUUCGGCCAACGCUGCGCCGCCGCCAGCGGCCCAGCCUACGCCCAUCCCGGCGCGGUUCCCGGUCUUCGGGUGCCAGCUGCCCGACGGAGCCGGCGGCGGCAUUUCGUCUCCCGGCAGCGGCAAGAGUCCACAGUCGUCGACUACUGCGAGUAUGCGGCAGAACGCGGGUGACGAGAGCGAUGCGAGCGACGGUGGCGGUGGCGACAGCGACAUGGUCCAUUUCCUCUCGUUCGAUGAUCUGGAUUAUCCCGGGGAUUUGCUCAUUGAUGUGCCGGGCGCCAUGGACGCGUGGGAGAGCCAACUGUGCUAUGCGAAUCCGAUGAUGAGCUCGCUCUGUUGAUCCACACUACCAAUUGCAUAUAGCACAGCCAUUGUCUUGUUCCCGCUAAUCAUAUAUAGGUUGUAUGAAUUGUUUAUGUGAAAUUUCACUGGGUUUUUUGGAGAAGGAAUGCAUGAUGACGUGUGGGUAUUCCUAUUAAAAAG